AUGUCCACAAAUGUCUUCAUGCCACCCUCUGGGCCAGCACAAGACCUUUGUAUGAUGCAGCUCCUCCCCAUCUACAAGCAUGUCAAACUGAGUGAGAACAGCUUGUGGGCUACUAUUUGCCAUGAGAUGGUUAGAAUUCUUGACAAUCUACAGAUCAAGCUCAGCUCUGUCAACCUUGUCCACUUCCACUGGGAAGAAGUGACUGAGGAUGGCUUCAGCAAGCACCUUACCAGUCGCAUCAUGAUCUGGAUCAGUGUUCUGCCUGACAGUACCACUGGCAAUGCCACAUUCAACUCCUCUGGGGACAUUCUCCAGCUCCUCAGGAAGCAUGACAUUUACAAUGUCAACAUUGCCUACCAUGAGUUGACAGCCUGA